AUGGCCGCCUCUUUCCACGCAGCUGGUUGCAACUUGUUCAUUCCUCCUACAGUGUCCACUGGCUCUGUCAGUAUGAAGAUGGAUGCAAACCUGAAAGAGCCAAUGGACACUGUAGGAGGAAUGAACAAGAUGCAACCAGUUGCGAGGAAAGAGGCGGCCAUGGAAAGAACCAGGAGCUCCCAUCACAAAGCAUGGAAGAAGAACAUCACUCUUUUGAUCUUCACCGACUCUAGACAAGUCUUUGAAGAGUGAAUUGAAAUCAUUACCAGGUAGUUCAAGUAAACCUAAAGCUCUGGCGGUUGGCAAUUUAACUCCAUGCAUUUCCUCUCCAAGUUUUCUUUGACGGUUAAAAUGACGGAGAAAGUGUUUGAACCGACCGCGCAACCGAGAUUAGCCAUGUUGAGAACUUUUUUCCACUGGAAAUCUUUCGAGAACAGAGAAUGAACCGCAUUUACCAGUAUAGGAUUGGUUAUGGAAGUCACUUUUUGCUGCACACGAUCAGAAGAUUGAAUCGAUCUGUAAAUAAUGUUGAUUAAACAAAAUUUGAAGCGAAAAUUGAUGUGCAAAAUGAUCUUGCAAUAACUACAGAUUGAUAUGAUUAUUUGGAUGAAGUUUUCUUACAAAAUAAGUUCUGUUUGUGAAUGAUUUUCCUUUUUGAACAGAAGAAAAUAACUUGAUGUUUGGAAAGUAGAACACGAUGUAAACGAGUUUGAUUAGGGAGAAAUUUGAAUAAAAAUUCUUGUGCAAAAUGAUUUUGAUUCAAUUAUAGAUUGAUAUAUGAUGAUAUGGAAGAACUUUCUGACAAAAAUAAGUUGAUGUAUGGAAAAUAGAGCACACCGUAAAGAAUGCGUGUUGAGCAUAACUUGAUUCUACUUCUCCUCCGUUCAUGAAAAGUGCUUCCAUCACGUCCAUUCUCUCUCUCUCUCUAGCAAUCAGGGAUUGGUGAUUAGGAUCGAGGGCUCAAAGUGCUAAUUAAAUUCUACCAUGUACUUAUUGGACUUGGUGACAGAGUUUAGCCAAUCAACCAACAAUUCGAGUUUCUUUACGACAUAUAUUCCUACUACUAUAAAUAAAGGCCACAAAUAUUAGGGUUUUGUGCAUCAAAGCUACAAACUACUGAGGAGCCAAUUGCAUUAAAGUU